AUGUACAGUGAACAAUUUUAUGUUCUCGUUGCAGAAAUUGAAGCCAGAGAAGCCUGUGACUGGCUGAAAGCUGCUGGUUUUCCCCAGUAUGCUCAGCUGUUUGAAGAUAUGCAGUUUCCUAUUGAUGUAAAAACUGUGAGGAAAGAUCAUGAAUUUUUAGAUGGAGAUGCGAUUGAAUCACUAUUCAGACGGUUGAACACAUUGAACAAGUGUGCAUCAAUGAAAGUGGAAAUAAGCCGUCAGAGAAAACGAAGUGAUGACUCUGAAGAUGAUGAACCUUGCGCAAUCAGUAACAAAUGGGCUUAUGAGAGGUGCCGUCAGAGGUGGUCUCGUAUUGAGAGCCUGGAAGGUUUCCCAGGAGAGGAAGGUGCUAGUGCAUCGGUCCCAGGCAGUCCAGUACUGAAGAGCAUCAGUAACGAGGCUGCUAUCGUUCUGGAUCAUGGCGAGAAACAUGAUGUGUCCUCAAUUCACAGUACUAGCAGUGGUGACAGCGACAUUCUAAAUCUAAAAAAUGAUGUGAAGUUACGAACGAACCAGAUGAUGUUUCAAAUACCACAAGGCCAUAAACCUGGCACUUUCCCCAAAGUGCUUACAAACAGUUCAUCUCCUGUAGACAACUCUUCCAUCAACUGGAGAACUGGGAGUUUUCAUGGGUGCAGGAGGAGCUGGAGCAGAAGCAGUUCCAAGGACUCCAAAGCGCCCAGGAGCCCCCUUUCAUGCACGGAUAACAGGCUAAGUGUGUAUGACAACAUGCCCAAUAUUGAACUUGAUAAGUUGGAGGCAAUAGAAGUUGGUGAUGAUGACGUUUUUUCAGAACUGAACGAUGUUAUAGAAGAUGUCAACGGUCUCAAAAAAUUGGUUGAUCAGUGGACAGAGAAGUUCUUAGAUGAUGGAGAUUUAGACUUUGCCAGUGACUUGACCCCUUUAUAUCCAUCCUCACCUAAAGAAAUCUGUCUUGAAACAGAGGAGUCAGAAGAGAAGAGAGCAGACCUCCCAGCCACUGAGGGAGAGAGCAGCUGUGAAAUGGACAAGGAGAUCAGUUCUGCAGAGCUGGCAUGCAUGACAGAUUGUCAAAAGACCAACAGGCAUGGGAAGCAGCACUGGUCUAUGGAAGAGAGUGUAAACUUGGAGAGCCUUUCCAUCCAGACUGACAGCCAGUCCGCUGCCCGGACACAAAAGCUGGCUUUGCUGAAACUCACUGCUCUGAUGGACAGAUACUCCCCUUCCAGUAAGCAGGGCUGGAACUGGACUAUACCAAAGUUCAUUAAAAAAAUAAAAGCCUCUGACUACAAGGACAAAAAUGUGUUUGGGGUUCCUUUGCUUCUGAAUGUCCAGCGAACAAGCCGCCCGCUGCCCAACGGCAUUCUGCAAGCACUGGACUAUUUGAGAAGCCACUUUCUUGACCAGGUUGGCCUGUUCCGAAAAUCUGGUGUGAAAUCCAGGAUUCUGUCUUUAAGAGAAAUGAAUGAAACCAACCCAAACAACGUAUGUUACGAAGGGCAGUCAGCGUUUGAUGUGGCAGAUAUGGUGAAGCAGUACUUCCGAGACCUUCCUGAGCCUAUAUUUACUAGCAGGCUCUGUGAAUCCUUCCUCCACAUCUACCAAUACGUGCCAAAGGAUCAGCAGUUUCAGGCUGUCCAGGCUGCUAUUCUCCUUCUCCCAAAGGAAAACCGAGAAGCUUUGAAAAUCCUCCUGUUCUUUCUGCGAGAUGUGGUUGCUUUUGUUGAGGAAAACCAGAUGACCCCAACCAACAUUGCUGUCUGUCUUGCACCUUCUCUCUUUCACCUCAACACCCUGAGACGGGAUAGUUCAUCCUCCUCCACUAGCCAGAGGAAGUGCAGUUUGGGGAAGCCGGACCAGAGAGAGCUGAGUGAGAACCUGGCGGCGACGCAGGGCUUGGCCCACAUGAUCAUGGAGUGCAACAGGCUCUUCCAGACGGACUUCCCGGCUUGA